AUGGCGGCUGUGAGCGAUUAUCUCUUUUUUGACCCCUGCUACAACUACACUGAGCUGGACGAUACUUGGAGAUCCACCGACAAUACAAAUAACACCCUCAUGUGUGACUGGAAUGUCAACUGGGUCGGCUGGUAUCGUCUCUUCAUUCAGGGAUCAAACGCAAAGAUGCCAGACACAUGUAUUGCAAACUCUAGAUGUGGCACUGAUUUCCCACUGUGGUUAAGAGAUGGACACCCAACAGUUGGGGAUGGAGAGGUCAGCCGAGAUGUGUGCAGUCACGCUGGCAGUGACUGCUGCUAUUACCAGUCCAAGUCCAUUACAGUCAAAGCCUGCCCAGACAAUUAUUAUGUCUAUGAGUUUGUUACACCAGCUUUCUGCAAUUCAGCAUACUGUGCAGUCUUCAUGAUUCAUUCUGUCAUUCCUGGUUUUAUUUCAACAGCUUCCAGCAUCAUUCCAAAUAUCACGCUGCCGGAGGAAUGCAAGAUUCAGAUCACAGAAGAAUGUGUAGAUAAUCUUCUUAACCAGAUAGAGAAUAUUACUGCUGAAGUGCUUCCUUUGAACGUUGUGACCGACAUUUUGGGUCUGGUUCUGAACACUUCUGAAAAGAUUCCAUCCCUCAUGCCAAAUGAACUUGCCUAUUAUGGAAACCGUGUGUUAAAAGCCAGUGAGAAACUCAUCUCUACACUAGUGAAGCCAACAGACACAAGUGACUCGGUCAAUUUUACUCUUAAAACUGUAGAGGCAAAAGUCUUCAUGGUUGGACCAAACGUCACCUUAAAUAAAAUCCCUCGGCUGGACACAACAAGUGCUUCUGUGGACAUCGAUCUCAUUGGAAUUGCCCAAAACAACCAAGAAACAACUGCUGUGGCUUUCAUGAGCUUCACCACAAUGGAGAACCUACUGAGACCUGACUUCUUCAACACAUCAGAUGACUCCGUUAAAACCAUGAUGUCCACUGUGAUCUCAGCUACUCUUCCCAAAACUGUCAACACAAAACUCACCAAACCAGUCAACUUCACCCUGAAACACAUCAGAGAGUUUGUCUCUAGAGGCAAUCUGUCCUGUGUGUACUGGAAUAUCAGUGAGUGGAUUGUAGAUGGAUGUUCUGUUGUAAAGACCAACAGCAACCACACUGUGUGUUCCUGUGAUCAUCUGUCAACAUUCGCUCUCAUCAUGCAAACCAGCAGACCACCAGAGGAUGAUCCACUGAUGGAAAUACUGAAUUUGGUGGCUGUUAUCGUGGGACUGGUGUUCCUCAGUUUGACACUGUUGACUUUUGCUUUUUGUCGGUGGAAUCCUGGAGUGAACAAUGUGGCUCGAAUCAACCUCUGCUUGAGUCUGCUGUUGGCUCACCUUCUGUUCUUGCUCACACAACAGUUCUUGAACUACAUACGCCCUAACCACGUGUUGUGUGCAGUGAUAUCAGGUGUUCUGCACUUCCUCUUUCUCUCCUCCUUUGUGUGGAUGUUCAUUGAAGCUGUGCUGAUUUUCAUCUGUGUGAAGAACCUAUCACAGAUCAGCUCCAAUCAGAGGGAGGUGCUUAGCAGCAGAUUCAUGAUUGUGAUUGGAUAUGUGAUUGCUUUUGUUGUGGUGGGCGUGUCUGCUGGACUGGUUCCUGAGGGUUAUGGCAGUGAAAAAUGCUGGAUUAAAAGCGAAAAAGGCUUUAUCUGGAGUUUUCUGGGACCUGUUUGUGUUGUUCUAGCAUUAAACGUGAUUCUCUUCAUCAGCAUCAUCGUCAGUCUGAACUCAACUCUCACAAAACUGAAUGCAGGAGUUUCACAGAUGAAACAAACUAAGACUCUGGUAUUUAAAACACUGUCCCAGUUUGUGGUUCUUGGUUGCCCCUGGAUUCUGGGUUUCUUCACAAAUAAAAAUGAGGUGGUGGAGAUUAUUUUUCUGUGCUUGAACUCCCAGCAAGGAACCUUCAUCUUCAUUAUCUACUGUGUCCUCAAUAAUGAGAUCAGGCAGCAGUAUGUGGAUUGGUUGAACACUAUUUUCCCUGGACCUGAAAGUAGAGCCAUCAAAAGUGCCCCCCAAAAUUCAUAGAAAGUUUCAGAGUCCGUGUUUAGAGAAUGAAAAUCUCUCCAGUGCUGUUAUUUUAAAGUGAUUCUAUU